AUUACCCGAAACUUGCACUUAGCAAACGAGAACGAAAGGAAAGCCUUCGCCACCCAAACCACACCUAUAGGCUCCAUCACAGGAAUUGGGAUAGAGAAUUUAUUCUCAACUCCCAACAUACUCGAUCAUUUUGGCGCCAAUCGCCAUGGAUAUCCUGAACUUAACCUCUCGAUUCUCAGUAGGUGGUAACUUCAUUCAUCGUAAUCACAUUUCCUCCACUUCUGUUCGCUCUCAUCCUAGUCUCUUCUCCGGCUUUAUCGUUAGAUCGAGUCUUCCGUUUCCAGAAGAGAAGGCGAAGUACCACAGAGAGCUAAAGUCUGCUGUAGAUGUCGUGGAGAGAGCUUGUCAUCUCUGCGUCGAUGUUCAGAAAUCAUUGUUCUCCAGUGGCGGAAUUCUCGAGAAGAAUGACAACACACCGGUCACUGUGGCUGAUUUUGGAGUUCAGGCACUUAUCAGUUUGGAGUUAGGCAAGUUAUUCCCUUCAAUUCCUUUGGUGGCUGAAGAGGAUUCUGCAUUCUUGCGGGCAAACAAUUUAGGGAACUCUGUAAUGAAUGUUGUUUCUGAUAAAACGAUCAUAAAAGACUUGACAGAAUCAGAUGUACUGGAAGCAAUUGAUAGAGGUGGGAAAGAUGCAUUUGUAUUUGGAACAAAACCAGCUACUUAUUGGGUGCUGGAUCCAAUUGAUGGAACAAAAGGAUUUGUAAUGGGUGGUGAUGCUUUAUAUGUGGUAGGUUUGGCUCUUGUAGUUGAUGGCGAGGUUGUGGGAGGAAUCAUGGGUUGCCCAAACUGGCAGGACGAAAAUAUCAGCAAUUCAGAAACUGGACUGCUAUCUGAACGAGGGAUUGUUAUGGUUGCUCAUGUUGGCUGUGGAACAUGGAGAAAAAAACUAUUUGGUAUGGGAAGGAGUGCUACUGAAGCUCCUAGCUAUUGGUCCAGAUGCUAUGUUGACAAGUAUUCCUUAAUCCAUCAGGCACACUUUUGUACUUCCGAUAAUCAAACAUGGGAAUCGUUACCUCUAACCGCUUCACUGGAUGCUACUACUAAUCCUGAGAGUACAAAUGAAAAUAAAGUUCUCUUUCUUACUGCCUGCUGCGGAAGCUUGUUUAAAUACUUAAUGGUGGCAUCUGGUAGAGCAACUGUAUUUAUUAUGCGUGCAAGGGCACAAGUUGUCAUAAAGUCUUGGGAUCAUGCUGUUGGGAUGAUAUGUGUCCAUGAAGCAGGGGGAAAGGUGACUGACUGGAGAGGUGGGCAAAUUGAUCUGGCUGCUGAUGAAGUUGAAAGAAGAAUUUUAUACCCUGGUGGUGGCUUUCUUGCGACAAAUGGGUUGUUACAUAGCGAAGUUCUCCAGAUGAUCUCUUGAUUCACUAAUCCAAUUUGAUUAUUCUAUUUGUACAAUUCUUUACCCAGGUUUAGAUUCUAUAUAACUUUUGGCUUGGGUGUUUCAGAAGUUAUUUGAAUGGGAGGGUUUUGAAAGCUUAUUACUAUUUAUGUAAACUAGUUGUACUGUGUAAAGCUUUAUGAGAAAUAUAUAGACUCUAUAUAUACACAUAUAUAAACUCUUCAAUAAUAUGAUCUGA